AUAACACGAAUUGUACGCAGGCGUGCAGUAGCUCGCCAUGUUGUAGCACCGAGGAUUAUAAUUUCAACAACAAAACCCGUUUCUAACGAGAUAACGCGAUACAUUUCCACGUGUCUGUUUAAUACACAGUGAAAUAUAUGAUUAGAUUACACUCGAACCGAUAACAAACAUUUUUCCACAACAUACAGAUAAAACUUUCAUCGUAUUUAAUCGGCUCGGCAUUCAUUCGCUCUCUUUCACACAAUUUAUCGGAAAAAAAAAUCAAUUAUGUUUUAAGCAAUUGUAUUUGCGAUAUCUGAAGGCCGCCAGUCUAUCGACACACACGUGCUCUCUGUUACAUAACUCCAGAAUAAUAAUAAUAAUAAUAAAAAGAAUACGAGUCGCGGGAAUAACAUACGUGUCAGUCAGCGGCGUUUCUUCAUGCGACACGCAACAAACUUAUGAGCACGUAUUAUAAAUAUAAAUAAAUAAAAAAUUAGAGAUUUUAAAAUCGAGGUGGAGUAAUUAAUAAUUAAAAAGUAAAUUAAACUCAAGCUCACACUCGGUUGAAAUAUGAAUGAGUAAAGUUUUGAGGAGUUAUAAGUGGGUCAAAAGUUGAUAUAACUUCAAAGUUUUGAGUGAGCUGAGUUAUUAACAACCCCAAUAAAAAGCCUAGGCAAACAUGACAGGCGGAAAUCAAAGAGGAAAUAUUUUCACCUAUGAGACUCUGGUCCACGCAAUAUCAGGAGCUGCUGGAAGUGUGGUUGCCAUGGCGACUUUUUUCCCGCUGGAUACUGUACGGAGCAGACUGCAGCUUGAGGAUGAAAGACAAUCCAAGAAUACACUGGCAACAAUUCGAGAACUGGUGGCCAAGGAGGGACCAUACACACUCUACAGAGGGAUAAUUCCUGUUUUACAAAGUUUGUGUGCCAGUAAUUUUGUUUACUUUUACACUUUCCACGGGCUUAAGCUUUUGAGAAGCUCAAGGAAUCAAACAGCAAAAAAUGAUUUGUUCGUCGCAUCUAUAGCUGGAAUUAUUAACGUCCUUGUAACAACGCCGCUGUGGGUUGUAAACACUCGUCUGAAGAUGAAGGGUAUUGGCGGAAUUCCCGAGAAGAAUAACAACGAGUACAAUAAUCUUUUAGAGGGAAUUAUUUACAUUUGGAAGUACGAGGGCAUUAAAAAGCUUUGGGCUGGUACUUUUGCCAGUAUGAUACUCGUUGCAAAUCCCGCAAUUCAAUUUAUGACUUAUGAAAGUAUCAAGAGAAAAGUAAACGCAUCUUUGGCUGGAGCGCAAACACCCGCCUGGAUCUUCUUCACUAUUGGAGCGAUCGCUAAGACUAUUGCGACUACUGCUACUUAUCCUUUGCAGUUGGUUCAGUCCAAACUUAGGCACGGUCAUAAUUACGAAAACCUCUCAGCGAAUGCGGGAACAUUGAAGAUAUUACUCUACAUCUUGAAAAAACACGGGUUCGCUGGACUUUACAAAGGAAUGGAAGCUAAAUUGCUCCAGACUGUUCUUACCGCUGCACUUAUGUUUUUAGCGUAUGAAAAAAUUUCAAAGUUUGUAUUUAAGAUCUUGUACAGACCGAUUGUUAGAUAGAAUGUUUGAUAUUGAUAAAACGAUCAGUAUUAGAAUCAAAAACCAAAAUACAAUAAACUUUAAAUUUCCAAAUUGUAAA